CGCAUAUAGUCACAGUGUACUAGUCUCUAUCUGAUUCUAUCUAUCCAUACGUUUCUUUUCCUCUCUGUGUAGUCUUUCUUCUUCCUCAUUCGCAGAACAGAGAAGGGUAGGGUUAGGGUUUUAGUGGGUUUUGAGUUUUAGUUUGUGAAGGUUAAGAAUGCAACAGACACCACAGCCAGAGAUGAUGAACCCUUCACUCAACAUUACAACUGAGCAGAUUCAAAAGUACCUGGACGAGAAUAAGCAGUUAAUUAUGGCUAUACUGGAGAAUCAAAAUAUGGGAAAGUUUGCUGAAUGUGCUUCUUAUCAAGCGCAGCUACAGCAGAACCUGAUGUACCUAGCUAGAAUAGCUGAUGCCCAACCACAAGGGACACCAAUGCCUUCACAGACAUCCCCUCAGUCCACAGUGCAACAAGAGCAUUACAUUCAACCAUCUCAAGUUGCAAUGUCUCAGCAACCAAUAUAUUUCACUCCAAAACUACCUUUCCAGAUUAAUGAUCAGCAGCAGCUGCCACUGCACCUCCAGCAGCAGCACCUCACCCAGCGGCAAAUGAGAGAGACCCAGCAUGAAUAAUGGAUGUACUGACGGGUGAAAACAGAUGAUACCAACUCAUGUAGCCAUUUAGGCCAUUGGACUUAAAGUACUGAUACAUCUUUGUAGGCUAGUUGUUUUCUGUUCAUGUGAAAAGGCAGCUUAUUUUUACCCCUAAUGUCCAAGCAUGAUCUCACUGGAGACAUGCUUAAGCUGCCAUAUUGUAAGCAACAAACCUAAAUAUAGUUGCCGUCCAUAAUCCUACUUUUCUGGACAAGGCAUUAGUUUUC